UGUAUAAACGGAUAUUUAUCGUCAUAGAUCAAGUACAGAAGUUCUAAAUGUCGAAUUUAUACCUGCGUACGUCAUGGCAAUAAAUAGAAAUUAUUCGCGAGUUAUUGCUCAUUGUAUUAGGGAACUAUAACCCAGUUGGAGUGCUUCUAUUCGUUAAUCUCUGAUAACAAAGACACUAGAAUAUGUUUCAUUUUUAAUAAGAAAACUAUGUACUUUUAGAACAUUAAUUCAGUUCAUUCGCUCGACUGCAAAAUGAAGGUUACACUUUUAAAUUUCAAAAUGCGUUUGAUUUUCAUGUUCGUCGCGUUCGCGUUAUUUAAAUGCAAUGUUUCAAGUUCUGUAGGAUGUGGCCCGUUGAAAAGGAUUGUUUUUAUAUACGACGUAAUGGAUAUGACCGCCAACGACACCGACUGGUUAUCAAGAACUAUCGACAAAUCAAUUACACAUAUGCUAGCCAAGGAUGGAAGAAGUUUUUGUAUGAGUAGGAGUUGGUACACCUCCCAUGUGUCAUACGAUGGAGAACCACGUGCGAACUCAACAUCUUUGAUAAACAAUUUCAAAAUCACAGUCAAGACAACAUUGGAAACUUUGCUCGAGUACUUACGAGAUGCUCGUUCAUAUUCGGUGAUUUUCGUCGUAACAAAUGCUACCCAACCAAGUAACGAGAGUCCAAUCAUAAUCAAUGACAUCUUGGAAGAGAUCCAAAACAAAAGAACACAAGUCAACUUUCUCAUCGGAAAGGAGAUCUCAAUUUCAGACACCGAUUCGCUCCAAGAAUACAAAUUAAUCGCUUCUAUAAGCAACGGAUUUAUAAAAGGCCAAGACAUAUUUCAAUUCGAUAAGUUUGCAGACGCGAUAUAUCUGAGAUUAACUCAUCAACCUCAAGAAAUCCGUACUUAUUCACUUCAAGAAAGCAAUAGUGAUACAUCAUAUUGCACUCACGCAGAACCAUUUCUUACCGAUGCUUUAAAAAACUUGAAAUUGAGCAAUUGCAGCGCACAGGAGUGUGAAAGAAAACCAGGAAAUCCUUGGCGAAGUAUAAUGAAGAAUUUGAUUGAAAAAGGUGACGAUGGACUGACGAAAAAAUUAUUUGAAGAAACUCUUGCCAAGACGUGCUCUUUUAAAAAACCAGCAAUUUUAGAAUGGUUUAGUAAUAAAGGAUUUACUAAAAGUGAUUACGACUUCGAUUACGGUUUCACCAUUGAAGACGUUGUUUCCUUAGAUGACACUUAUCGAAGACCAAUGAACGGAAUGACGAACAAAAUCUAUGUUUCAUUGACGGAUAAAAAUUUCAAACACGGAGUUGAUCAUUUUAAGAUACUCUUUCUGAAUGAAACUCAAUUUGGAGAAAACAUUGCAGUGGAACAGAUACCGGGAACCGAUCUAUUUGUAGGAUCAUUUGAUCCACCAAAGAAGGAAUAUUUUUACGUUGAAGUAACGAGUUACGUAAACAAUGAAACAACUGUUUCUCGAAUUUCAUCGACUGCUGUAAAUGCUGCGGAAGGGUUCGGAGAUGAUCAUGGUAAUCGAAUAUUUGAUCAUCGACCAAUCUUCAAAAGCCAACGAACUGAACAGCAACCAGUAUCAUCAAAUUCAUACAACUACGACAUUUAUUACUUCAUCAUAGGCGCGUUGUUAGGUUUAUUGUUGUUAAUCAAAUGUCGUAAGUGCUUCAAGCUGGGUAAGAAACCACAACAAGGAAAUGAAUUAAAAGACGAUAAACAUAAAGAUCGUUAUCGAACGGUGUCAACUGUCGAUCGUGUUUAGUGGAUGUUUAAGAUAGCUCAAGAUUAAGCACCCUUAUUAUGUUGAUAUGUUGAAUUGUUAAAAUUUCAACUAACUAAGUUUAAUUUCUGUAUAGUGUUACUGUACACGACUUGAUUGUUGGGUAAGUCUAAGUAUUUGAAAUUUUACCAUUUUUCAGCACACGUUAGGAAGCACUUUUUAAAACUCGAUUUCCCACCAUUAAAUUUCUUUUUAGGUUCUAUAACAAUUCAUUUUUUCAAAGUGUAAAUUGUUGCAAGAUUGCUCUGAUAGAAUGAGGUAAACUUUUGGUAACCUACAUAAGUUUUUAAAAUUUUACGAGUAUGAUAUUUUCGAAAUUCAAUUGUCGCAAGAUUGCUGUGAAAAGUGAAUUAAAAUUUCAUGAAUUUUUGGUUGUAUAAAAAUUUUUAAGAAAUUCUUUUCACAAAUUUUGACGAAAACAUUCCAUAGAAACAAUUUUUUUGUACGAAUACUCUUCACUACAGAUUUUUUGACUCGAUUUUCACUUUCGUCUCUUUCGUUGAAUAUUCAGAUGGUACAUAUUUUUUGUACAAAAUGUUCAACCUAUUGUGAAUGAUUACAUUGAUUACCUAUUAACAUUAUUUGUAAGUUGUACCAAGGUGUGAUUGUUUUUAUACUGAAUAAAUGUAUUUUUUAUAGUUUU